UGGGAAAGUCGAGUAUUCCACGCAGCUGUACAUGUUGGCGAUGCCAUGAUUGUAAUUGGCGGUCUUACAAUCACUGGUAGCUAUGCUAAAGAUGUGCUGGUGUACAGAUAUGCGUGUAACACAUGGCAUCGUCUCAAGUUUAGUGACUUUGAACAGGAUGAGAUGAACCUGACGGUGGUGGGUCUGGAUGCAGUCAGCCUGGGCAGUGUCGUCUACCUGUUUGGCGGAUUUACGGGAGUCAUGCUGGGCACUUUGUCGCAACUGGUGCUGCCGACGGAUGUGUGCUCACUUAUCAAGGACUCU